AUGAGUUUAUUGCUGGCCCAACUUACUGACUCACCUAAGCCUAGAAAUGCUAUGGCUGGUGUUGUUAAAAUAGGAUAUUUGAAAAAAAAUAAGAGUAUGAGAAAAAAAUUUUUUGUACUACGAGAAGAAACUGCAGGUGGUGGACCUGCGCGUCUUGAAUAUUAUGAAACUGAAAAAAAAUGGAGAAACAAUGCAUUACCUAAAAAAGUAAUUGUAUUAAAGUCAUGUUUCAAUAUCGACAAACGUGUAGAUGCACGUACUAAAAAGACAAUAUUAUGUUUGUACACUAAAGAAAGUUCUUUUUAUAUACUAUUUGAUUGUGAUAAAGAACUUGAUGAGUGGUUGGACCUAAUGUUGGUUUUACAACGUGUUUCUAAAGAUUUUGGACCGGGUGAUUCACUUAAAGAACCUUUCGAGCAUAUUUGGCACAUUUCUAUAUUAAAAAAAGAGUUGGGAAUGAAUGCAAAUUUAAUAGGUAUGACUGGACUUUGUUUAUGUGACAAAAAAGUGAGUAUAAUGAAAUAUCCAACCAAAUCAAAAGAACAAAAAACUAUGGAUAUAAUGUUGUCAAGUAUUCGUCGAUGUGGAGCUUUGGGUACUUUUUUUUAUAUGGAAGUAGGACAAAGUUCUCCAUUUGGUUCUGGUCAUAUAUGGAUGGAUACGUGGAACAAUGAUGUAGCAGCUAGUGUUCAUGAAACUAUAAUGGGUGCAUCAAGUCGAAAUCAUGACACUAGAUUUAGAAUGAGAUCAUCAUCAUUUAAUGAAGGAUCACGAUUAAUAAACUGUCCAUCAAGACAACGUUCUAGUUUCUAUGAUGAGAAUCACCCUGGGCUUCGGUAUAAAAAUAAUAGUCAAAGUUCCUCAACUUUAAAUAAUGGCAAUGUUGAUUUAGCUCGCACAGGAUCAGUUAGAGAGCGUUGUGAUAGUAUGCCGUUGCGACCACGUACUAUUAGUGAAAACACAACUUCAUCAACACGUUCUUUCAAUGGAAUUUUAUCCCCUAAACAAACUUUCCAUAAAGGUUGUAAUUGUGUUUCUGCCUCUUCAUCGUUAUCAGCGUUUAACGAUUCUAACUUGAGUACCUGGGAUUCAUCACUUUCAAAAUCUAUGGAUACCACUGAUGGAAUUUCUUCCUUUUACACGAGUCUUAAUGACCAUCGGUCUGCCAUACUUGAAGAAAAACAAGAAGAUUUUAUUCCAUAUACUCCAUUAGACAAAGAAGAAGAUUCUUCGAGACAAACAAGUGACAGUAAUGUUAAUAAUAAUAUUAACUUGAUUAACAACAAUAUUAUUGGUAACAAAUCCAGUUCCUCUUCCCAGGCGGGUUCUUGUUGUGACUCAAACAGUCCAUAUGGUUCACCCAUCAAUGUAGAUGAUACAUAUACUCCAUUAAACCCUUCUGGUACGUCUGGAACCAGUCCUCCACCGGAUGGAUACCUUCCAAUGAAACCAGGAUACACUUUUUCUAAUAACUGUGUAAAUAUUAUGCCAUUGGAAGGACACAGUAAUUCUAAACAAGAAUCUACUGAGAUGCCUCAAAUGGAAUUUGAAUCGCCUGAAGGUUAUGUCCCUAUGGCUCCUGUGAGUAGAAUGUCUGACUAUGUAUCCAUGGAUUGUAAACAAGGGUCUAUUGAAUCUGGAACACCGUCUACAGACACUCGCUUUUCUGACAUACAUUUAGAUAAAGUUUGUGCAUACCUUACUCCAUCUGAGGACGAAGGACCUAUUGAAAGGCCUACUCGAGCUUAUUCUGUUGGUUCCAGACCAGAUGGCUUAAGGGAAAAAAUUGACAAAAUUAAUGCUGAUAGAACAAGAGCUCGUGCAUUUUCAGUAGGCAGCCGUGGUCGAUUACCCCCAACUGGAUUGCCCCGGAAUGGUUAUCAAUCUGGUUCGACCAGUAUGUCUGAACAAAGUGACAAUGGUGAUCGUGUAGAAAUUGAUUUUAGUUGUAAUUCAAAAUCUCGUCGUCAUUAUUCAGCAACUUGUCGAACUUUAUCGAUUCAGCCACCAGCAGAUGUAUCACCAAGAUCAUCACCUAAACUUUGUCCUUCUCCUGAUCCAUCAUGUAUCCAUAGACCAACUGGUCGUUCUCCUCCAAAAUCUAUAGUGUCUUCUGUAGAUAUUAAAAGAACACUAUCUGGAGCUGUUCAUGGUAUUUCUAGAUCACCUCCAACAUCUUCACAUACAUAUUUGUCACCUACAUUGGAAAGAGUUUCAGAGGUACCUAGUAUUGAAGUUGUUGAUAGUUACAUACCAAUGAAACCAACCCAAGGAUUAAAUCCCUGUGAAAACACAAGUAUGGCGGUAGACGACUCAAUUAAAAGAAAUUAUGUAAAUGUAUGGGAAGCAGCAAGUAGUACGUUUCCAAUCAUGAAAAUGAUUGGAGGUUUGAAUUGGAAAAAAAACAAAAAGCGUAAUACAGCUCCUGCUUUAGAACAACUUAUACCCAUGGCUGAUGAAGGCAUUGAUGAAAUAGAUGGUUAUACUACUAUAAGACCUGGUGUUCAUGCAAUACCGGUACGAGAACAAAUUGGUCAGUCAUCUGAUGCAGUGUUAGAUGCCAUUUGUGAUGGACUUGCGGAUCUAGUAUUUUCAGAUCCACCUCCUAUUGUCACAUAUAAUUCUCAGAACCACUCUAAGUCAGAUAAUUCUGUUUCUUCGCUAGAUGGGUAAUUGUAAAAUUUGUGUUGUAAUAUAAAAAAUAAUAUUUUAAUUUAAACUCAUAUUUUGUAUACACUGGUAAAAAAGAGGUUUAUCUCAGUGGCAAACAAAAAUGUAUAUAAUUUUUUUUUAUGUAUAAUUUUACUGUGUUGUUCUUUGUAUUUGAAUUAAAUAAAUAUUAAUAUUUAGGUAAAAGUAUAUGUUAAUAUAUUUGGCAUCUAAAGUAUAACAUUUUAGAAGAAUUGUAUCCAGGGGUAAUUUUUCUAAUGAUAUUUCAACUUUAUUGGAGAAUUUUUAUUGUAUUUAAUGUAUUUUAUUUUUAGUGAAUAUGUUACCAAUUUAAACCAGUAUGAACUGAGACAUAAUUAUAAUUUUUGCCUUUUACGCUUUAAAUUUUUAAUAAAAAAAAAAAAUUGAUGAAAUAUCAAUUGUUUAUUGUUAUUUAAAAAUACUAAGUUAUUAAUUUUUAUUUGAUAUGUAAAAUAGCUAAUUUAAUCAUAUUUUAAUACAUUAUGUUAAAUUAAAAUAGUUAAACAUAGUGAAAACUAAGCUAAGAUAUUAUGUUCAUUACAUGGGGAAAAUUCAAUAUUAAAGAACUCAUAAGACUUCUGUGUAUAGGGAAACAAUAGAAAUGAUAGGCCAAUGAUAAAGUGAAUGAAAAUGGAUGUUACAAUGGUCUCCCUUUAGAAAAUGUAUAGAUUUAAAAGGAAGUAGCAGUUGACAGAGAAACAUCAUCUUAAUAACUUAUCUCACUUAUGUGUUAGAUGAAGGAUUGAGUUAAACUACAGUUACAUAGUUGAUAUAGAAAUAAUGAUUACCAAUUUGUAUAAAUAUUUAUAUUACUUUAAGUUCUAAUUAAAUUAAAUUAUAGUUAAACUUAAAUAAGUAUGUAUUUAUACAAAUAUAAAUAAAUAAAUGUAAAUAUAUGCACGCUUGCGUGUAUGUAUGGCCAUUUAUUUUUAUUUGCAAAAAUAAAAAUCUCCUUAUGACCAGACGUCAAUGUAUGCAAAUAAGACUGAAGAACCACUCUAGGAUAUACCUAGCUAAGUACUGUAUUUAAUUUUAGGUUCUCUAUAGGAUUUCUUUAAUUUACAAAUUGCCUCGUUUGAGCUGAUUUUUAAUUUGUUAGAUAACAAGAAAAUAAAAAUAUUUAAUAAUUGAUAAUGAUAAUAAAUUCAAUUGGUGUAUGUCUAUGUUGUGUGUGUGUAUGUGUAUUAUGUUAAUUAAAAUAUAUUAAAUUAAUUGAUAAAUAAUAACACUGUUUAUGGUGUUUUUGGUUGACCUUUAAAAGAAUUUGUACCCUACAUCACUAUUAUUUAGAAAAUAUUAUAUUAAACUGUAUUAUUCUGCAUUCUUAAUGUUACUUAAUAGUUGAUUGUCUUUAUUAUGGAUUUAUGAUAAAUAAAUAUGUCAUGUUUUGUGUCA